AUGGCGACGACCGCCCACCGCGAGGUGGCACAGGCCGUGGCCAACUACGACUACGCGGGGCGCUCCGACCGGGAGCUCAGCUUUAAGAAGGGCCAGCGCAUCUCGGUCUUCCAGCGCCAGGAGAGCGGGUGGUGGGUGGGCGAGGUCGAGGGCAAGCGUGGCCUCUUCCCUGGGAGCUUCGUUCAAGAGUGGUGGAGGAGGCGGGACGUCGUGGAGCGGGAGCGUCAGCGGAGGCGAGGUGUCGACCACCGCCUCGCGAGGCAAUCAAAGCUCGCCCCCCUCCGCGCAACCACAUGCGACGUGGUCCAAAGGAACACGCGGGGUGCCACCAAUCUCAACCACCAUGGCGGCGGGGGCGGCAUCUACAUCGUCGAGCGACGCGGCUACACGGCGGACAUCCUGGCUUGCGGCAAAGUGGUCGCCCUGUUCGACUUCACGGGCGACAACGACAAGAAGAUCAGCUUCAAGAGAGGAGACACUAUCAAUGUGCUGCAGAAACUUCAGGAGGAGGGGUGGUGGGAGGGCGAGCUAAACGGACAAGUUGGCCUCUUCCCUUCCAACUACGUCAGGCUGGUGGAGAUGAACACAACCCCUGCCUCCGCCGCCAGCAACCCUCCCUCCGCAGCUGCUGCCCACUCUGCUGCUGUUGCUGGCACAAUGGCGAAGCCACAGGUUGCUCAUGUGGAAGCCGAGACGGCGCCGCUGAUGGUGGUCUGUCUGUACGAUUUCAAAACGGAUGACACCUCCAAGCUGUCCCUCAAGAAAGGGGAUGAGGUGGAGGUGGUGAAGAAGGCCAGCGAGUCCUGGUGGAAGGGGCGCAUGGGCAAGAAGAUAGGCUACUUCCCCUCGAGCUACGUCAAGGCCAUCGAGCCCACCGGUGGCAGCCGCACCCGCAGCAGCAGCUACCGCCGCGCCGGCUUCCGUCGCUCCUGCUGCUGCAACCGGAGCCGCCCAAGCAGCCAAGCUUCAGCCAUGACUGCCAGCCAGACAUGGCUGGUGGCCAUGUAUCACUACGCAGCCAGGAAUGAUGACGAGCUCAGUUUCACGAAGGGGGAUCGGGUGAAGCUGGUCGAGGACCUCUCGGUGAAUUGGUACCGAGGCGAGCUGCACGGAAAGGUCGGGCGCGUGCCCAAGAACUAUACGAACGACCUGUUCCUGCAGUACAGCGAGGCCGAGGAGGAGCUCGAGCGAGUGGCGGCCGCCGAGCGCGAGAGGGUGGCGAAGGCCGAGGCCGAGGGGAUCGAGCGCCUCCGGGUCGAGAAGGAGCAGGAGGAGCAGGAGGAGCAGGAGCGGGCCAGAGCACUCGAGGCCGUUCGGGAGCGCGCGGCGAGGGAGGCCCGGGAGAAGGAAGAGCGCGAGCGCCUUGAAAAGGAGGCCCGGGACACGGCCGAGCGCGAGCGCGUCGAGCAGGAGGCGCGGGAGAGGGCCGAGCGCGAGCGCGUCGAGAAGGAGGCCCGGGAGAAGCGCGAAGCCGCGGAGAAGGCCGAGAGGGAGCGCGAGCGGAUCGAGAAGGAGGCCCGGGAGAACGAAGAGCGCGAGCGCAGGGAGAAGGAGGAGCGCGAGCGGCAACAGCUCACCGCCGAUGACCCACGAGCCAAGGAGCGGGAGAGACGAGCGCGCGAGGAAGAGGAGAUGCGGCUGCGCGAGAGCGAGUACGCGGCCCAGCAGGAGCAGCGCAGGCGCGAGCCUCCUCAUCCUGUGGCCAGCCGCGUCGGCCGCAGUGCGAACCUCAACCGCACCCUGCCGCCGCCCCCCACCACCGCCGGAGGGAUCAGCAACAGCAGCCAGCAGCCACGCGCUGCGCCCGUGCCCACCCUCAUCCCGUCGACCAUUCCGCCGCUCCGCAAGGUCAGCGUCGGCACCGCCGGCGAGGCCGCAGCAACAGCGACGCCGGGCGCGGGCUCAUCACUCCCCCCGCCACUGGUCUACUCUCGCCCCACCGCCGGCAGCAGCGGCGCUACGACGUCGGGCGGCGCCUACGUGCAACGUGCGUCGUCGGUGCCGACGAUGACGCCACCGUCAAACGUACCACGCAGAGUGGUGCCGGCCGCGCCUGUUACGGUGGUGACUGGGGCGGAGGGUCAUCAGGAGCUGCGGCAGGAGGUGGAGGCCCUGCAACAGCAGCAGGCGGCGGGCGAUGAGGACGAGAGCCAGCUGGCGACGACGUUCGAGCAGCUCAGGCGGCUGGUGCUCGACGAGAGGCGCGAGAGGCGACGGAUGGCCGACAGGCUCGCCGCAGUGGAGGAGCGGCUCGCCAAGCUCGGCGUGUGA